CUAUAAACAAAUCCCUUCUUUCCAUUAAUACUACUCCUCCUUCCUCCCUUCUCUGAGUCCAGGUGCUCAUAUGGCAAAGUAUCGCUCCAGCGUUACUGCCUUGUACAACAAAGUUGUCAACUUCAACGUAGAGUCUCUAUUCUCCCGCCAUCCUGGCCCGGGCAUACCUCGGACUGUCUUCUUCAACCAGAAUCUCCCAGAUGGCUACUUCGAUUCAAAGGGCAAGCCAAAGAAAGAGCAUGUCUACCCCACAAACCAGGUCAUCUCAUCCAAGUACACAAUCAUAACAUUUCUGCCCAGAAACCUCCUAGAACAGUUCAGGCGAAUAGCCAACAUUUUCUUUGCAUUCAUAGCCAUUCUGCAGUUCUUUCCCGAGUUCUCCACCAUCUCUCCAGGUCUGGUCAUAAUACCCAUCCUUAUCGUCCUUAGUAUCACCGCUAUAAAGGAUGGCUACGAGGACGUCAAACGCCAUCAGUCAGACCGUCACGUCAACCAUUCUCAGGUUCGCGUCCUCGCCGGUGGCGAUUGGGUUAACCCGAAUUUGAAUGGUAGAAAAAGUCGGACCUUCGUCAGGGGUAUCGUCCCAAGACGCCGUCCAAAGCGGAAAGACGUUGAGGCGGGUAGUGCAACCAAGCAAGAUCCAGAUAUCGAGUACGACCGCGCGGAUUCCAUGGAGGAGGUUGAACAUCAUAUGUUUGGAGAUGCCGGCGAAAAUAUUAGGCCUCAUUGGCACAAAACCAUGUGGGAGGAUAUCCGGGUUGGCGACUUUGUCAAAAUCAUGAACAAUGAGCCUAUUCCGGCUGAUCUCCUCAUAUGCGCCACCUCCGAGGACGAGAAUGUGGCGUUUGUCGAGACCAAGAACCUUGAUGGAGAGACGAAUCUCAAGUCCAGAAACGCAUGUCCUGCCCUAACUGACCUCCAUACUGCUGCCUCUUGUGUUUCCACACUCAAUCCAUUCACUAUCGACUGCGAUCGACCGGAUACGAACAUGUACAGGUUCAAUGCCACCGUUACUCGCAAUGGAGAAAAGUCCCCAGUGGACGUUCAGACGGUUCUUCUUCGCGGCACGGUACUCCGGAACACGGAGUGGGUCAUCGGUGUCAUUCUUUUCACUGGCGCUGAGACUAAGAUCGUCCUGAAUUCUGGAGGCACGCCCAGUAAGCGGAGUCGAGUCGAGAAGCAGAUCAAUCCCCAGGUCUUGGCAAAUCUAGCUAUUCUGGCUAUUAUGGCAGUCGUGUGUGGCAUCGCGGAUUCCCAGAUCGAAGCCGUGCAAUACGCAGAGGGUGCCCCUUGGCUAUACGGCGAUAACGUGUCUAGUGAUAACCCAAGGAUUAACGGGCUGAUCACUUGGGCAUUUGCGCUGAUCACGUUCCAAAACAUUGUACCCAUAUCCCUGUACAUCUCAAUAGAGUUUGUGAAGACGUGUCAGGCACUCUUCAUCUACUUUGACUACGACAUUUUCUACGUAAAGAAGAACCAACCGACCGUUGCCCGAAGUUACAACUUGUCCGAUGACCUUGGGCAGAUAGAGUACAUAUUUUCUGACAAGACCGGUACUCUGACACAGAACUCUAUGGUCUUUAGAGAGUGUUCCAUCGCAGGAACGGUCUAUCACGGUGAUCCUGAAGAGGAUGAGGACGACGACAUCAAGAAAACCUUAGGAAACAGUUCAGACGUCGUUCGUGAAACCAGCAACGACUCCUCCUAUGCUUCGACCUCCGGGCGUGGGGAUGAUCCUGCCGUCCCAUCUGCUGCGGAUGCCACCGCCGUCAAACUCUCUAGCGGUGUCCUCAAACAUUUCAGGGAUGAGCGCCUCUCCCAAGAUCUCGCACGUGCAGUAGAAGCCGAACCGGAUUCAGAAAACGCUGCUCAGGCGCGGUCGCUUAAUGGAUUUUUUUCCGUCUUGGCACUUUGUCAUACUGUUCUAACCGCUGUCGACCCUGCGACAGGCGCCAUCGAGUACAAAGCACAAUCACCUGAUGAGGCUGCUCUGGUCCAAGCUGCCGCGGACGUCGGGUUUAUCUUUCGCGGACGUGAGAAGGAGAUUCUGCUUUUGCAGACCCCUUUCUCGAAGGAGACAGAGCGGUAUGAACUGCUUAAUAUCCUGGAGUUCACGAGCGCACGGAAACGGAUGAGCAUCAUCAUCAAGAAACUGGAUGAACAAGAUGGGAGACUGUUCUUGCUUACGAAAGGCGCGGAUAACGUCAUCUUUGAGCGGCUGAAGGCUGGUGGAGAUGACUGGAAACGGACGACUGAGGCACAUCUGGAGGACUUUGCGAAUGCUGGAUUGCGGACGUUGACUUUGGCAUACAAGGUUAUUCAGGAGGAUGAAUAUGAGGCCUGGUCUGAACGUUAUCAUGAAGCCUCUACUGCCCUGGAGGACCGUGAAGACAAGAUCGAGGCAGUUUGUAAUGAAAUAGAACAGGACCUGCGACUUCUUGGUGCCACUGCCAUCGAAGAUCGACUCCAGGAUGGUGUGCCAGAAACGAUCGCUGAUCUCAAGGUCGCGGGAAUUAAGGUCUGGGUUGCUACCGGUGAUAAGCUCGAGACUGCCAUCGCUAUCGGGCGCAGUACGAAUCUCAUCGCCGAGGACUCCAAUAUUAUCAUCAUCCGCGGUAGCGACCGCCCGGUUGAACACCAGAUGAUUCAGGCGGUGGAGGAAUUCUUUCCAGAUAGCGGCAUACUCGAUGAACAUAGUAUUGCGUCUAAAUCACCUUCAACAGAGUCGACCAGCGCCUUCCCCAUGCGGCGGCUGAGCUUGGGGAUCUGUGAUAUCGUCGGAGACGACAACGGUAAUCGACCUGGGGGAUUUGUGCUUGUCAUUGAUGGCGCUGCGCUGGACCACGCCCUUCCGGAUGACAACAACAAGGCUCUUCUUCUCCGUCUUGCUACGCAAUGCGAGGGCGUCAUAUGUUGUCGUGUUUCUCCGCUGCAGAAAGCACUUGUGGUGAAGAUGGUUAAGGACGGUCUUCACGUGAUGACCCUUGCUAUUGGUGAUGGCGCGAACGAUGUCAGCAUGAUUCAGGCUGCGGACGUUGGUGUCGGCAUUAGUGGUGAGGAGGGUCUGCAAGCUGUCAACUCGUCGGACUAUGCUAUUGCACAGUUCCGGUUCCUCAAAAAACUGCUCCUUGUCCACGGUCACUGGUCUUAUGCUCGUAACGGGAUCAUGAUUGUGAACUUUUUCUAUAAAAACAUUGUGUGUAUCGGCGUGUUGUGGUGGUUCCAGAUCUAUUGUGGCUGGAGUUCAGCCUACGCAUUUGAGUAUACUUACCUGUUAUUCUGGAACUCGUUCUGGACGAUUGCUCCUGUCCUCGGAAUUGGCCUGUUUGAUCGAAUAGUUGAUGCCGAUGUUCUGAUGGCCUUCCCUGAACUGUAUCGCUAUGGUCGCGAACGGACUUGGUUUUCUAUGAAAUCGUUCCUCAUCUACAUGAUUGAUGGAGUCGUACAGUCUGUUCCUAUCUACUUUAUCAUCACCUAUACAUACUUCACGACUACUUCUCGUACUGAUGGAUACGGCAUCGAAUUGUAUGAGUAUUCAACGACCAUGGUUUUUGCCACCGUUAUGGCUGUCAGCUUGUUCAACGGCCUGAACACAAAUGUCUGGACUGCCUGGGUCUUCUUUGCUGUCUUCAUCGGUAUCAUUAUUCUCUGGAUAUUCACGGCUGUAUACGACGCAAUCAGCCCGGGAUGGACAGUGACUAACGUCUACGGCAACAAUUACUACCUGUUCACGUCGGCCUAUUUCUGGUUGUGUCAACCCCUCGUCAUCGCCAUCGCUCUCCUUCCAAGAUACCUCUAUCGCGCAUGGCAACUGGGCUACGCGCCUGGGGACCUAGAGAUGCUACGCUACAUCCGGAAGACACGGCCCGAUCUUGACAUGGCAACACUCCGAAGUGAAUCGACGCGCUCCAAGCCGUAUGCGUCUUCAAGGCGGCGUACAUCCUCACACAUGUCACGAGCGUCGAUUGCUUGUUCCAGCGUCGAUAACUUAUCAUUAGAUCGGAUGGCACAAGAUCCGCGCGGUGCAAGCCGAACAGACAUGUCCACUGGUAUUCGCUCCGUAUACCGCGGAUUCGACUUUGCGACUGAAGAAGGUGGCGUUGCAAUGCGACGCAUGCAGACCAAUCUGUCAGAGCGGAGGCAGAGUAGCCGCAACCUGCCUUCAAUGCGGCAGAGCCCGCCGAAGCGCAGCCUACGUUUGUUCUCCUCUCUGCGUCGCAAAACUACUCUCAAGAAGGAUGAUUGAUGAUACUUUUCAAAUUGCAUGCCAUGGUUUGCUUCUUCACAUUUUAUUCAUCAUUCAUCGCAUUGUGCUGCUACUCAUCUCCCCCCUUAUUCCCCACUCCACGUGUAUGGUCAUACUCACUGUAUUCCUCAUCCUCAGCUACUAUUUAUGACACCGGGAUAUAUAAACACCUCGACGACACACCUGAUAAAUAUACAAAUAUCAGAAUUACUAAUACACUAUAUACUGGGAUGUAAAUGAAACAAAUAAAGAUAGGGUAAAAAAGAUAACAUGACUUUCAAACA